CUACUGUAUACUUGAUAAUGAAAUUAAGACCGCAAGGGUUUGCAACACAGCGGGAUUUCUCAGUCUCGGUGUUGGCUUGCUGCUCAGAGUCGUAUGAAGUUUCCUUGACAAAGCGACACAUUUUCAUCAGCCUUGUUCAGACCAUGAAGCUGCUUCAGAGUGACCUGGCGAAACUGUCCCUCUACCUCCACUUCACCAACACCUUGAUAUUCUCCGUCAUCGCUUCUGUAAUUUGCAUCAUCUGGACGAUCAAGACAUUCAGAAUUUCCCAGUGCAAGUCGAGUGAAUGAAGACGAGAGGAAUGAAAACAGAGACCAAUGGAUCAGCUAAAGCCAGCAAAGUGGUAGUGGAUUUUUUUUUUCUUGGGCGCUACCGGCUUUACUGGACUCGGAUGAGGUGAGAAAUCUUACUGUACCUAUAUCUUUGCAGUACGUGCUGGUGUCCACCAGAUGGCAGCAUUGUCACAUUGAAAUACCCCCAGUUCUGUGUGGUUGUACUGUCAUAAUGAAAGCUACAAUCUACACUAGUGUAUAUAUAACAGUCAGUGAUGCAUAACAUGCUGCUUGUUUUUUGCAUUUUAAAAGGUAAUAUUUUUGCAGAUUUUAGGGACAUUUUCUCGUCUUGUUUUUUUUU